AUGUCUCUAUACAAAUGCAGUAGCCACAGUAGGCUAUGUAUUUUGUCACGUAAAAAGGUACCGGUACAAUCAAAAAGUCGAAGAAUGAAUUUCUCUAUAAGCCUCUCCUUGGCAGUCCUUGCUGCUAUCGUCCUUCCCAUGGCACGCGGUGAACGUUGCGACCCAAAUAUUCAGAAAACUAUGACCAUUCCCUACACUCAAAACGGUCAAGAAAUCGAUUUCAAUUUUGGAUUCCUUCCACCAGCAGUCUCUGAUGUAAUUAUCUCUGCUUCCUUUCAAGCUGAUAUGGGGGGUGGUUGGGAUCAAUUGGCCGAAUAUGCCCGAGUUGAGAUUGCUGGCGAACGCCUAUUUACUUUGGGAUUUCUCAGUGGCACUCGAUACAAUUCAGACGAGAACUGUAUUCGGGAUUCACGCAGUAAAACCAUCAACAACGGCGUUUUCAAUUCAUUGGUAGGUUCGUCGCCUAAUGCCGAGGUCAAGAUCGUGAUUGAUGCGACAGAAGAGGUUGGAACAUUCUGCUCUAACGACGAGGGAACAGUAACGAUUUCUUACACGGCUCGCUGUCCUUGCGAUCCUGAGUUCGACAAAUGCCCCUGCGCUGUAUCUGAAGAAAUUGUUCUUCCCUUCCUUGAACGUGGUCAAGACUUGUUUUUCAACUUUGGAGCUCUCCCCCCCGCAACCUCAGAAGUCACAGUCUUUGCCUCGCUCGCCGCGGACUUGAACGCUGGAAAUGAAUAUGCCGACGUCGAGAUUCGUUCUAGCACCGACAAGAGUCUGUUCACACUGGGCGAUGGUAAUGGUGGCUCUCGGUACUUCGGUAACAGUUGUCGCAAGGACGAGGACACUGCUACUGUCUCUGCCGCCGACUUCAAUGCAUUGAUUGCCUCCAACCCAGAGUCACAAGUUCACAUCGGCAUGGACGCAACAGGGUAUGUCUCUUCAGGUUGUCCUUUUGACGCUGGUGUGGUUCGCAUCAGCUACAACAUUUGUGCUGACCCUACAGGCAACGGCGAUCCUCAUUUCCGUACAUGGAAGAACGAGCACUUUGAGUUCCAUGGACAGUGUGAUGUCGUCAUGUCUUCUGUCAAAAACUUUGCCAACCGAGACAUGGACCUUGACAUUCACCUCCGUACGAAGAUGGUCCGUCACUGGAGCUUUAUCAAGACUGCUGCCAUUCGCAUCGGCGAUGACAUUUUGGAAAUUGAAGGAUCGGCUGCGAAGGAAGACGGUUUGGACAAGCGUCAUUACUGGAUCAACUACGAAUAUCGUGGACCCCUCACGGAAGGGCUUGCCGGCUUUCCUGUGACCAUUAGUCCUCGCAACAACGUGUACACCAUUGAUCUUGACAGUGCCUAUCCCGGCCAAUCGAUUGAGAUCAAGACCUUCAAGGAGUUUGUUGGCGUCAAGAUCCAUGGAGCCAGUCCGGAAUCCUUCGGUUCUUCGGUCGGUAUCAUUGGAGACUUUUCAACUGGAAAGACCCUUUCCCGUGAUGGAUCCACCACGAUCAACGACUUCAACGACUUGGGCAUGGAGUGGCAGGUUCUCCCUUCCGAUGGCAAGUUGUUCCGUGAAGCGUCCCACCCUCAGUUCCCUGAACUAUGCUUGCUCCCUGAGGAUCCUCGUGGUGAUCGCACUCGUCGCUUGGCCGAGUCUGACAUUACCGAGGAACAAGCCGAAGCUGCCUGUGCGGGACUUCAGGACGAGUUGGAUCGCAAGGACUGUAUCUAUGAUAUCUUGGCCACCCAAGAUAUGGACAUGGUUGGCGCCUAUUAA